ACGCCAUUGUACCCCACAACCUCGCCAUACGCCAUUCCCAGUGGAUUCGCGACCAUACCCAUGGUGGGUUUACCCUGUGGGACCAUUAAAUUCUCCGAGCGCCGCUGAAGGUCUUCCGGAAGUGAGCGUUCAUCGGUUUGCUGAUCAUUGUGGUUGCGAGAUUUAUGAUUGCAAUGACCGAGGCCAAGCACAUUAACCGCGAGUAUAUUUAAUAGACAUGGCAUGACUUCUCGUUGUCUCGUCACGCCUCAUUGCCUUCAAUUUCAAAGAUGCGCGGAGUUGCGAUUGCCCUAGUGGGCCUAUUCCAGCUCGCCACCACCACAGAUACUGCUGUAAAGGUUAAGUGGCUGGAAGGCGCGCCAAAGAUCAAUAGCGGUACUACAUUCGGUCUUCCUUGGGCUCGUGGAAAACAUCUUGCCAAUGCUACCUCGUUCACAGCCUCGUCGGGAGAGCUCCAGUCUUGGAUAACAGCUUUCUGGCCGGAUGGCACGAUCAAAUGGACUGGACACGCCAUUCCAGCAUCAGAAAACACCGCCGAGGAAUAUACGAUCACGGCUUCAGGAUCUGGAAACGGCACCGCACGACUUUCCAAGAGGCAAACCAGCAAUUCAUCGACGAUUCAGGUCACAGAAUCAUCAGACGCGAUUAGCGUCAACACUGGAAAGAUUGCAGUCUCAUUUGCCAAAUCGGGAAGCGCAGUCGUGUCUUCGAUCAAAACUCUAAAUGGCAAGAUCGUAGGCCAGAAUGGUCGCUUGAUCCUGAAGUCGCAGUCUGGAAUAGCUGAAGAGGGAGAUGCAAGCGCGAUCGAAUACUCCAGCUUCUUUAGCAAGAUCUACAACGCAACUGUGUCUGAAGAGAGCAAGAUACGCGCUUUAGUGACAGUACAGGGGAUUCAUCAUGCCGAAGCUGGUUCCCACAAAGACUGGCUUCCUUUUACGCUACGAUUCUACCUGUACGCCAACUCAGACGCCAUUCGGACAGUGCACACCAUUGUGUACGAUGGCGAUGCCAAAUCCGACUUCAUCUCGGGACUGGGUAUCCGCUUCGAUGUACCUCUUUCCGGUGAAAGAUUAGUCGAUCGACACGUGAGGAUUGCGGGAACGGAUGGGGGCAUCUUGCACGAGGCCGUGCAAGGAAUUACUGGAUUACGUCGCGACCCUGGGGAAGCAGUACGCACUGCUCAAUACAAUGGAGAAAAGACGCCACCCAACAGCACUUGGGAUACCAAAACCUCUACUCGUCUUCAAUGGAUCCCUACCUGGAACGACUAUCGCCUAACCCAGCUUUCACCUGAUGGUUUUAACAUCAAGAAACGGACAAAAGAAGGACAAAGCUGGCUAAAGAUUCCCGGUGGCACGCGAUCUGGAGGUUUGGCAUAUCUGGGAGGCGCUACCGUUGGAGGCCUGGCAGUUGGGCUUCGUGACUUCUGGAAGAAGUAUCCAACUAGCCUCGAUGUUUCCAAUGCGGCGAGCGAUGAGGGAUCAAUAACCGUCUGGCUUUACAGUCCCUCUGCCGAGCCGAUGGACCUACGUCCAUAUCACGAUGGAUUGGGUGAAGACACGUACGCAAAGCAGCUCGAUGCGUUAGAAAUCACUUAUGAAGAUUACGAAGACCGGUACAAUACUCCCUAUGGAAUUGCGCGGACAAAUGAGGUUUUCAUCUACGCGUUCGACAGUACGCCCCCGGCUGAAAGUCUCUCCACCUUGGUAGAUCACACAAAUGAACCACCGGUGCUUGUAGCCGAGUCUGAAUACAUCAAGGAGACCAGAGCACUUGGUUCUUAUUGGAAUGUUCGAGGAGCGCCGUCGAACUCUUCUACCGAUACAGCAACUAUCGAAUCUCACCUCGACUUUCUCAUCAAAUUCUACAGAGAUCAAAUUGAGCAGCGCCGCUGGUAUGGUUUCUGGGACCAUGGUGAUAUCAUGCAUGGUUACGAUACGGACCGACACCAAUGGAAGUACGAUAUCGGAGGCUAUGCAUGGGACAAUAGCGAGCUUUCCCCGGAUCUGUUCUUCUGGAAUCAAUUCUUGCGCACCGGACGCGCGGACGUCUAUCGUCUAGCAGAAGCUCAGGUUCGUCACGGUGGGGAAGUAGAUUCGUACCAUCUGGGUAACUUUACUGGUUUGGGCACUCGACACGGUGUACAACAUUGGGGCGACAGUGCAAAGCAAGUUCGUAUAUCUACACCAGUGUACCGCAAGACGUUUUACUAUCUGUCUGGUGGCGAUGAGCGGACAGGCGACCUGGUUCACGAAGCUCUGAAAGCUGAACAAGCCUUCGUACUCGUUGACGCCCGUCGCAAAGUGCGCGAUCCCAGCGUCAUCUACAAGCCUGAUCCUACGGCUCUGUACCUGAACUUCGGUACUGACUGGGCAGGCGUGGCAGCCGCUCAACUACUGGAGUGGGAGCGUCGCGGUCCGCGCUGGGAAGAGGCACGCGACAAGCUUAUCGAGACGGCGAAGACGUUCCCAAAGUUGAAGUUUGGCUUUGUGACAGGCGAAGCGUUGUACAACUCGGAGGACGGGUCAUGGGCGCCACCUCCAACGGAUCCAAACAACAACGGCACAAUCACAGUAUCUCACCUCUCCGCCGUCUUCGGCGUGUUGGAAACCCUCGAUCAGCUCUUCGAACACUUUCCAGAGAUCUCGAAAGCAUUUGUUGACGCGUGGCUAGACUACUGCUAUUACUACGGAGCUUCGAAAGCUGAGCAGAAGGCACGGUAUGGCAAGGACUUCGGUUCUCUUAAUUUGAGACAAGGACACUCGCGCUUGACGGCGUAUGUCGCGAACAAGAGGAACAAUGCAACGCUUUCACAGAGAGCGUGGAACGAGUUCCUGAAUGACAACAGCGCAGACGAAUUGAGUCCUGAUGACCCUUGGGCAACGGUCAGGUUCAAUGGAAGUGAGGUGCUAACUCCUGUUGAUGAAGCGGACUGGAUCACCACCAAUGCCGCGGCUUUGUAUGGACUUGCGGCGAUUGAAUUGAUUGCUCUCACGUAGGAUUGAUCUAAGAAGUGGUCCUUUUUUCGUUC